AUGAUAACUGACUCAAAAUUUGAAGGCAUAAGUUCUUAGAACCCAGGGAAAUUAUCGAUUUUAGUUGCUUUAGAAUAAGCUAAUGUAGUAAUAAACAAUUCAAAAUUUUAAAAACUAGGUGUUGUAGGAAAUUAUAACGGAGGAAUUUUUCUUUUUUAAGGUAAAAGUGCUGAUCUCAAAAUUCAAAAUAAUACCUACUUUGAAAGCGUUUAGACAAUGAGCUAGGGUGGAAUUGUAUAUUAUGAGACAGAUUAUUGCAACUUGACAAUUUAAAAUUCUUAAAUCUAGCAUGUAUAUUGGAAUUCAAAUGGUGGUGGGAUUGUUUAUAUGAAAGGACUUUAUAACUAGGUGAAUCUAUAAAAUGUAAAAAUAUACUACCAAUAAUAAGAAUAUUAAAUGAUUGCUGCUGAAUAAAUGUUCCUAAACAUGAUUCAAUUGAAUUAAAGUGGAUUGCUACAACUAAAUGGGGAAAUCUAAUAAAUAGAAUUUGAUCAGCUUUAUUUUUAAAACAGUACAUAGGUAUCAGGACCUUUAUAUGGAGGAGUUAUAUAUUCAUCAUCUGCCACUACUAACUUCACAUUAAAUUGCAAAAAUAGCACCUUCAACUAAGUCAGUUCAUCUUCACUUGGAUCAUUUUUAUACAUAGAUCCAUUAGCCACUCCAAAUAUCAGUAUUAAACUAGUAGGAAAUAAUUUUUCCAUUGGAUAAUUAGAAGUAGGAUAUGAAAAGUACUAUUUGGAAAUGAAGAGCCUUAAUAAUAAUCUUUUAUCUGAAAAUGGAUAUUUAGUAGGAGGAUUAUUUUAUAUUCAAAAUGGUUUUGGAGCUUUAUAUAGUUAGGAAAAUAAUUUUAAAGCCAUUACCACAACAAGGCUUACGUCAGUAUUUCAUCUGCCUAAAAACAUUAGAAUAUAUGAUAAGAAAUCUUUCUAUUUCUAAUGUGAAAGUGAGAAUGGAAUUUUCUUAUGCAAUAAUUGUACUUUAGUUUUAGAUGAGAUUAGAGUUAUUAAUUGGCAAGGUAAAAUAGGAGGAUUAAUCAACAUGAUCGAUUAAGCAAAUGUUUUUAUUGUGAAUUCGGUAUUUAUGUAUGGGCAAGUGACAAAUAAAGGAGGAGCCAUAUAUGCUAAUGGAGUAGGAAGCUCAUAUAUUAAAAUUAUAAACACUAGCAUUUCUAAUGUAGAAUCUUAAUAAGAUGGAGGCUUGAUCUAUUCUGAAAAUCCUGAUUUGAUGAUAAAACUUGAUAAUGUGACUCUUAAACAAAUCUUGGCAAAGAAUUUUGGAGGAAUUAUCUAUGCUAAAUAAUCUCAAAAUAUUCAGAUAUCAAAUUCAUAAUGUACAUUAUUGUAAUCUGGAAAUACUUAAGGGAAUAUGAUUUAUUCUGAGCAUCAGGGUCUCACAGUUUAACUUGAUAAUAACUAUUUUGAGGGUUAAAAUAAGCAGUAAUAUGAGAAAAUUUUGAGUUAAAUCACAUCUUAUUCUGGGAUUUAUAUGACUUCUUUAAUAACUUUAGUUAAUGCUAAGAGAGUUACGACCUUUAACAACACUUUUAAGAAUUUUUAUGUUGCCACUUCAGGAAGUGUAUAUUCUAUUGAAGACACAGAAGAAUUUAUAGAUUAAGCCUCAACUUAUAAUUUCUUAGCAGCAAUCAAUGGAGGUGUUUUCUAAAUGAGUAAUGUUUCUCAAAUUCUGCUUAGAGAUUAAAUAUUUUUGAAUUCUACAGCAGUUAAUGGGGGUAUUCUCUAAUUGAUUGAUAAUUAUAAUACUACCAUUCUGAAUGGCACAUUUAAUAGUGUCAGGGCGAAUUAAGAUGGAGGUCUUAUUAAUAUUAUUAAUCUGAAUAAUCUUUACUCGAAGUCUUUUCUAGUAAUUUCAGGAUAUAAUUUGUCUGAGUUUUAGAAUUUCAGAUCGUAUGGAAAUGGAGCUUUGAUUUAUGCUGAUGAUUCAAGCAUAGAAAUAAGUAUAUCAUAUUAUAAGGCAUCAAAUUUCAAAGCAAGCAAGAAUGGAGGGUUUAUCUUCAUAGAAUAAGCUUCUUCAGUUUUUAUUAAGAAUGUAUAGGCAUAAGUUAUUUAAGCUUUAGUAAGCGGAUCUGUAUUGUUUUCAAAAUACAAAAAUCUAAAGAUCAAAGUUCAGAAUAGUACUUUUAUUUAGAGUUUUGAUGAUGGUUAUAAUAAAACCUAGAUAAAAUAAAACUUUACAAAUAACCUGUAUGAUCCGGCAAUUUAUACAGGCGGUGCAUUCUAUUUCUAAGAUACUAAUAGUGUGAUUGAGAUAAGCAAUAUUACAGUUCAAAAUUUUCAUAAUGUUUAUCAAGGUGGAGCUUUUUACCUGGAAAACUCUUCUUUGUAAGAUAUUGGCUCAAACUAUACAAAGAAUUUUGCCUUGUAAGGAGGCUUUGUCUAUUGUAAAAACUGUUCUAUCCUUACGUUUACUUCAAAAUUUGAUAAUUAAUCAGCAAUAUAAGGAGGAGUUAUCUACUCAUCAUUAAAAUCAAGGAUUGAAUUUUAACAAUCAAGUUUUAAUAACACUUAUGUAGUUUCUGCUGGUGGUUUCCUAUAUACCGAUAGUGGACCUAUUUAGAUGCCUGCUGAUAUUCAAAAUUCGUCAUCUAUUAUCAUACUUAAUGGCACAACCUUGAUUGCAAACUUUUAGAGUGACGGAUAUUCAGCAGGGUUUGAUUUGAAUAAUCCAUUGUUUGAUAUUGUGAUGAAUUUUUCAAUGAUAACUAUUUCAAACUUGCAAUCAGUUUAUGAUGGAAAUGUUUUUUACAUUAAAAGUGCAAAUCGAGUUAUUAUCGAUGGUAUGAUUGCUCGAAAUGUUAGAUCUUCCCUAGGCUAAGGAUCUUUCUUAUGGUCUAACAAUUCAAAUACCUAAAUUAUAAUUAAAAAUUCAGAAAUCAAUUGUUAAAACAAUUCAUAAAAAGCGAUUGAGAGAAAUUACUUCGCAUAAAAUCUUUUAUUAAGAGGGAGUGCUAUUUCAUUCUAAAAUAGUAAUAUUCCUUUAAUCUCAGAGAAAAAUAACUUUAAGUAUUGUGAGAAUGUUUAUCAAGGUGGCAUAUUUAAGCUGAUUAAAUCAGAAUUGCAAGAUUUGAAUUCUAACUAUAGCUUUAGUUCAGCCUAAUAAGGCGGCGCUAUUUACUGUUAAAAAUGCAGGCUAAAUAUAACCAACAGCAAUUUCACUAACCAGCUAGCUUAGGAGGGAUCAGCAUUUUAUAUAUAAGAAUAUGACUCAUCAUUGCAAAAUGCAUUAGGAAAAAAGUUAAGAUUCAAUAAUUAAGAGCAGCUUAUAUCUAAAUUUGAUACAUCAGAUAAAUGUGGAGGAACAAUUCUAUUUAAUGAAGACUAUUAUUCACCUAAAUCUCUAAGAUUUCUAGUGAGUGAAGUUGUAGCUAAAAAUCUAUCAUCCGAAACAUAUGGAGCAUUUAUAUGUAGCUAUUAAGGAUUACUCUAACUUGAAAUUGACAGGAUCAACGUAACAUAAUCAAAAGCUUCAAAAUAGGGAGGAAUAUUUCACAUUUUUAAUAUUGAUACAUUGAAAAUAAAAAACUCAUAUUUUGCAAAUUUUGAUGGAGGCGUUUAAGGAUCCUUCCUUUCAACGGAUUAUUAUGGGGUGAUGCUUACACUUGAGCUAAUAAAUAAUACUCUUAUCGAGUUAAAACACUCAUUAAUAUAUGAUAAAUGGUCAUUUCUUGAUACAUCAUCUGGAAUGAUGUAUUUAAACUUUCCAUGGUUCGUAAACAGCAUAAAUAAUAGUUACUCUGAUGUUCUUUAUGUAAAUGAGUGUGGAGUUUUUAAGAUGACUCGUGGAAACUUUUACGAGGAAGGAUCUACAUACACAAAUAUAAUUGUAUUGCAGCAAGGUGGAGUGAUGUGCUCAUAAUUUUCAACAAUAACAGUAUACAAUGCAACCUACUAUUAAGUUUAUGGUUCUGAUGGAGGUGCAUAUGAUAUAGAUGGUUUAAAUUCUUAGUUAAAAGUAUAUCAUAGCAGUUUCACUAAAAUCUCAAUGUCAAACGCUGGAGGAAUCGCUAGAUUUCGGCAAUCAGUAUUGCUCUUUGGUGCAAAACCAAUGGAUUAGAUUUUUACAAAUUGUACUUUCACAAACAUUUAAACAAUGUCUAAAGGCUCAGGGUUCUAUAUCGAUGGUUACAUUAUGGCGAAUUUACAGCUAAUUUCUUGCUAAUUCAAUUAAUUUUCUGGAACUUUAAGUGGUAUUUUUCACAUUAAUGGAAAUUCAGGAGGUUAAAUCUAACUAUCAUCUGAUAAAAGAUAUGGGUAAACCAUUAUAAGAGAUUUCUUUGUAGAAUAUUAAGUUGCUGAGGAGUCUUCUUCUUUAUAUUAUUCAAACUCAUAAAGUUUUUCACUAUAAAUGACUGAUGUUUUAAUAGAGUGUUAACCUCUAGCCUAAAAUGGCUAUGUGUUAAAGAAAAAUAAAGUAUUUGCUUCAAUUAUCAAAAUGAAGAAAUCAUAAAGAGGUAUAAUAUCUGAAAGAAACAUUUUUAUGAAUUGUUAAAAUGUUUCAGAAGGUUCAAUAUUUUCAUUGACUUCAACACAGUUGAUAGAUAAGAAUUCAGAGUAUUAUAAUAACUCAGCUUAAUAAGGAGGUAUAUUAGCUUGUACUAAUUGCACAGUUUCAUUUACUAAUUCUAGUUUUCAUCAUAAUAAAGCUGAAUCUGGAGGCUUAUUUAUUCUAUAUGAGAACUACGAUAUAGGUUUAAAUAAUACUCAAAUUUGGGAGAAUUCAGCUUCUAAAAAAGGUGGAAUAUUUUUCGUUAACCAGAUAGUUGAACCAUCAAUAGGAAAAAAUAAAAUUGUUAUAAUAGAUUGUUAUGAUUGUUCAUCCUCAAAUGAAGGCGGGCUGUUUAAACUAUCAAAGGUUUCUUAUUUCUACGAUUAUAACUCAAAAUAUCAAAUGAAUUCAGCAGUUUUUGGAGGGGUAAUUCACUCCUCUUAAUCAAAUGUUUACCUUAAUGAGACACAAUUUUAAGAUAAUUAAGCUAAUCGAGGUGGAUGCAUUGAAUUAAGCUAUGAUUCCUACUUGUUUAUGAAUAAAGUUACAUUCAAAAAUAAUUAAGCGUAUUCAUCAGCUGGGGUUAUUUUUAUUUAAUCAAGAUCUUACUUUGACGCAUUCAAUACUAUUUUCAGUAGUAACAAAGCUAAUGAUAGCUCUAAUAAGGGAUCAUUUUUAUUUAUAAGCUUGGAUGUUAAGCUUUAUAUCGAGAAUUCCUCCUUUAUGAGAGGUUUUGCUAUCUACGGGGGAGCUCUAUUUAUUUCAGGAGAUUCUGAGAUAAUCAUAUCUAGAAGCAUAUUUAUAGAUAAUUAAGUAGUUGAAAGAGGAGGAGCAAUUUAUGCAGAUGGAUUCUCUACAUUGAACAUUACUCAAAAAUCUACACUUACGAAUAAUUUAGCAUUUUAUGGAGAUGAUAUUCAUAUUUCAAAUUCUAAUGGUAUCUUCUGCCUUGAUGAAGUUACAAUUGAAAAUCCUAAUGCAAAAAGCUCGAUCAUCGUCAAUGAUGCACAAGUUUAUUUCUUUAAUGUCAUUAUGAAAAAUAUUGGAAUAAAGCAACAAAUAAAAUCUCAAGGAUCAGGCUUAGCUUGCUUUAAUUGCUUGAAAAUAAAUAUUAUCUCCAGUUUAUUUGAAAAUCUUCAUGGAUCCUUAGGUGGUGCCUUAUACCUAAACCAAAUAGAUCUCAGAAAAACAGACAAUGUUCAAGGAAAUAAUUACUUUAUGAAAGAUGUCAUCUUUAAAAAUUCAAAAGCAUACGCUGGUGGAGCUAUUUAUAUGGACAAUCUCUAAAUUCUCUUUUUAGAUAACUGUACUUUUAUUAACAACUAAGCUUUAACUAUUGAUGAUUCGAAUUACAAAAGUUAAAAUGGGUCUGGAGGGGCUAUAUACUAUGAUUGCAAUUAAUAGCUACUAAAGUGCAGUUUUACUAUCUUAAAUCAAAAUAAAUUUGAGGGAAAUAUUGCUUCAGUAUAAGGCGGAGCAAUUCAUUGGACAAAUAUUGAGCCAGAAUUAAGUGAAGAUACUAAUUUCGAAAACAAUCUGUCAUAUCUGUAUGGAAACAAUAUUUCUUGUUUCGCUUAAAACAUCGUUCGCAUUAGUUAGAGUGAUUAUGAUACUAUAAUUUAAGCAUUCAGCACUGUUUAAUCAAAUAGACUUUUAAAAAGUAGCAAAGCAUCAAUAUCUUAUAAAUUAGAAGAGUUUAGUAUUACCGCUGAUUCUACUAACAAGAUUAGAUUAAUUAUAAAUGCAACUAACACAUUAAACGAUAAGUAUCCUCCCAUUAUUGAAGGAGACUCUACAUUUUAUUUAUAAUAUGGAUUGACUGAAAUAAAAGAUGUAGCUUUUGCAGGUACUCCAGGAGAAAAUUAUAGCGUUUUAUUUUUAACAGAGGCUAUUGAUAAGACUAAGAGAAAUAAUAUAAAUUAUAUGAACUAGAGAGGUAUCGAUUAAAUAGAUUUCAAAAUUGAUAUUUAACUAAGAGAGUGUAAAAUUGGGGAAUAAUUUACCUCCAGUGGAAAAUGUGUUUAAUGUCCUAGCGGAUUAAGUUUUUCAUUGAUUAAGAUGUAAGAACCAGGUAGUUGUUAAGUAUGUCCAACUCAAAAAGCUAUUUGCAAUGGCGGAACAUUUAUGGGUCCAAAGCCAGGAUAUUGGAGAAAAGACAAUAAAACUUCGAAUUUUUUGAGAUGCAUAAACGAUAAUUCCUGCUUAGGUAUGAUACCACCUGAAUAUGAUCUAAAAGGAACUUGUUUAAUUGGCUAUUAAGGAAUUUUAUGCUAAGAUUGUAUUGUUGGCUACUCUCGAGUCUAAAAUUAAUAGUGCUCAAAGUGUCCCUAGCCUCAUUUCAACAUCUUGAGAUUAUUAUCAGUGUUUUUGCUGUCAGUAUUCAUUGUUUUAUUUUUGAUAAGGUCUACUUUAAACGGAGCAAAAGACAAAAGAAACAUUACAAGUGUGUAUUUAAAGAUUUUGAUGAAUCAUUUGCAAAUAAUAGUUUUAACGGCUUAAUUUGAGUUCUAAUGGCCUUAGAGAGUUUUGGAUUUUUAUGAUGGUGUUAAGCCAGUUGCUUAAUCUUCUUAUUAAAUAUUAUCAAUUGAUUGCUUCCUCGAUAUGAGGGCAGCAUCUGAAAAUAGUUGUAAUUUCAGAUGUAUGGAUAUUGAUAGUGAUUAGAGAAUUGAAGAGGAUCUAGAAGUAGUAUGUUGGAGCGAUUUUCACAAUUUCAUUAGUUAUUUUAUUGCUGCACCCAGUAUUUUAGUGUGGGGUAUUGGAAUUCCAUUCUUUGCUUUAGUGAUACUUUUCAAGCAUAGAUUCAUGCUUGAAUAAAAUGCCCUAAGGGAGCGAUAUGAUUGGUUAAAGAAUGAACCAGAACUUAAGAAUUUCCUGAUUCUUACUGAGGAUGAGAAAAUGUUUUUCUUCAGUGUUAUUUUGAUAUCGAAUCUCUUAUUCUUUAUGCAUUGGCUGAACAAAAUGUUUAAAGAAAAUUUGAAAGCAAGUUUAAUUAACUUAGGAUUUAAGAUGAGAGUGAGAAUCUUCAUGAUGAAUUCGAUAGAAGAGCUUUAUCUAAGUGGAAAACUCAUACUCAAUAAAAAAUCUGUUGAAAAGCUCUAACUUAUAUUUCAUCCUGAUCAUGUACUCAAGUAACUUAAUUAAGGAGGAUCUCAAGAUUUCAUUGAUUCUAGCAAUUCAGGUUUAUAUGGUUCAUUUGUAAAGUUAUAAGAAAGGCAGAAGCUUAGAAAAGAACGAAAAUUAAAAAUGGCCAAAAUAUUAAAUGAAACAUCAAUUGAAUAAGAAUUACUUGUAAAUGAUUUAAAAUAAGGGGAAAAAGGGAUAUCAUUUUUAAGUAAUAAAGAAACUUCAAAAAAUAUUUAAAAUGAUUCAAUGGAAAUGAAUUUUAACAACGCCUUGACUUAAGAUAAGUUAAAUGAAGAUACCAGAUACAUUGAUAUUACUUAGUUCAACGAUAGUUAUGAUAAGCCAUUGCUAUAGAAUAAUUAAUCAACCCCUAGGAUCGUUUUUUAGAAAAAUUCCAUCGAAUUCGAAACAGAUUAAGAAGAAGAAAAAUAGGAGAUUUAAAAUGGAAAAUCGGUUAAAAGAAUUUGUUAAGAUAGAAAUGAGCACAUUACAUAGGACGAUACAAAAAAAUCUUAGUUAAAUCAUAAAAAAUCUCUUUUUAACAAUUAAAGUAAAAUGGUUGGUGAAAUGUAAAAUCUUAACUUCUACCUCCUAUAGAAAUCUUUUGAUAAUCAAAGUUAGAUCCAAGAUGAUGAUAUGCUUAAAUCAUUAGGAUCUAGAGGAGAUAUUUAAAAGUUUAAAAGUCAAAAGAUUGAAAAUGAUGAGUAAGAUAUUAUUAUCAGACCAAAGAGAAUAAUCUCUAAAAAGCCUAAAGAAUUUGUAAAUAAGGCUUUGAAUAAUUAUCUAGAAAAAUUAAUAACUAUCAUUGCUUGUCCAAUAGUAUUGGUACUCCGAGUUAAAGAUUAAGAGAGUUUAGUUAAAAGGGUAAAAGUUAUAGUAUAAGAAAUUCUUUGA